AUGGCUCAGGAGGACGAAUUUGAUUCCCACAUGGACACUAUUAAAAAGGAGAACUCGGAAGCUUGGGAAUGGUUAGACAAAAUGCCUCCACAUCAGUGGGCUCUUGCUCAUGACGGUGGUCGGAGAUAUGGAUUCAUGAUUACAAAUAUAGAGCUUCUGUUUUCAGUUUGUGAUAGCAUUCAGUCUCUUGGUCUUGCUCUUCCAGUGACAGUGACAGGGGCUGCAUUGCUUCAGCUUGAUGAGCUGAGAAUUGAUUUUCAAAAAUCUCUUUGUGAUAGCCUAGGUAGGCUUAAACGCGGAGAUAUGUACACCAAACCUGUCAUGGACACGCUUGAAGAGUUCAGGACAACUUCCGUUACGUACGUUGUAAUGCCGCUAGACAAUAAUGCGUUUCAGGUCACAACACCUUUACGAAAAAAUGGAUGGAUCGUCCAGUUGAAUGACUUAACCUGCACUUGUGGGGAGUUUCAAGCUUUCAAGUUCCCUUGUCUGCACGCUCUAGCGGUUUGCGAGCAGCUUAAUAUCAACCCUUUGCAGUAUGUGGACGACUAUUACUCUACUGACGGCUUUACAAAACUUACGCCGCUACUUUUAAUCCUGUUCCUGAAGUAUCAGCCUGGCCGGAAACUUCUGGAAUUCCGACAUUGUUUCCUCCGGUCAUUAUGA